AUUCGCAACUCGCGACGCACGUUGCCGAAUUCGGUGGUGGCAGUUGAUCAGUAGCGCUAUAUCGUAGUGCGCCGUGAGUCGAUCCCGAAGCUGCCAUGAAAUCAUAUUGCAUACGCCCUUUCGUCGGUGGGUUCUAUUUUACCUACCACAAUGUCAGCAACAUUGCAACAAAAUGAUCCAGAAUCAUUAACUGCGCUAAUAUUAGAACUAAAUGGGCAAGUUGCUUCUCUUCGAGAUUUACUAAUCCACAUAGGCCAAGACCGCGACUGCUCAGAAUUACGAGAAAAAAUUCGAAGACUAAGAAGAAACUGCGUAGAGGGUUGUAAAUUUAUAGCCCAGCUCAUUUUGCCGCAAUUGCGCAGCGCUGUCGCAGAAGGUAUCCCAGUGUAUAAUUCCCACCAUGUACUGUUAUUUUUCAUGUCUCAACUACUUCUUCGCGAACUCACCAAGUGCCAUAGACUUGUUCAAGUUGUACCUAUGGAUAUGUCAGGCUAUUAUGAAAAAUUUUUAGAAAACCGGGCUGGACCUUCUAAUUUGGGAAACGUCAUUAGUCAAAUUUUAUUAUGCAAGCAAAUUACUCCUGAUUUUAACCAAGAGGAACUGUGCAGUAUUGCAAAAGACUCCGAAGAAAUUGUUCAACUGCUAACUGAAAUGCAAGAAUUUCUUCCAAAACAGGAAACUAAUUUGGAACACCAAAUGGCGUUAACAGAGGACCUAAACAAGUGGACCAAAAAAAGUCGUGGAAGCUCUUUAUGUAAGAAUAUGCGAUUUUUAUGUUGCAUUCGAAGAACCAAUUACUUAUAAAAGUUAUUUGCUAAAUAUUUUACGAUUUCACACCAAAUUCUUUGUACAUAAAUACAUAUAUGUAUGUAUGUACUUGUUUCGUAUAAAACGUGCUCUGACGUAUGAGGGUACGAAAAAAUAUCGGUUUGUCAAAAAGUACCUAUCGAUGAGAAAAAUAGCAAAUAUUUGUACGUUUAGGUAUACAUUCUGAUUCUCAAUUGAAUACAAGAGGUAAAAAAAAACAAUGUACUCCAAUGGCAACUAAAUUUAUUACCCUCUCCUAUAUUGAUCGACAUUUGCGAUAAACCGAUAUUGAAUUGUAGACUGAAAUCGAUAUUAAUUAGAAUUCCAAUGUCGCCUACCCCCAGUAUAUGAAUUUAAUACGAAAAAAAAAAAACAAAUAAAUUCUAUAAACACCAAAUGCAAAAGUAUAUACACAUAUAUAUGUAUACAACAAUGACAAAAAUUCGUAGAGAAUUUCUUUUAGGGUUGUAACGGAUGUGCUUUAACGGUUGCGGAUGGGGAUGCGAAUUUAAAUUAGGUUAAGCUUGCGGAUGCGGAUGAGGGUGCGGAUAUUAGAUGCGGAUAUCCGUUAUAAUCCUAACUUCUUUCCUAUCGUUCGAUCAUGCAACUUAUUUUUAUUAGAUAUCUUUACAAACAUAUAAAAGGCAAGGCAAUGUGUAUUAAUAGUAGUGAUUAUAUCUAUAAUCUAUUAAUAUGUAAUAUAAUUAAUGCAUUGACACCAACGUAGCACAAUGUGAUAUAAUAUUUAUCCACAAAGGAAUAUUUCUUUGUAUUGUUCGUAUAUAACAAGAAAAAAGGCGUAGUUGAUUAUACAUUAUUAUAUAAUUCUAAAAAGAAGUUAAAAAUAUAUAUUAUGCCAUUGAGAUAUUAAAAUCGCAAUUACAAUUUACUAUAUACAUUCCUACAUAGAUUUUAGAAUGAUUCCAAACCAACCUAAUUUUAAGUAGGUACUAGGCACAUUAUUUAAAUAGUUUUGCUUUUUCUCAAAAUUAAUGCGGUAAUAGCUGAAAGGGAUAUUUAUAUUACAUGUUAUAUACAAAUACAAACUUUUCUAUUUUCUUUAUCCUAGUUGAUAAUUAUAUUCGGUAGCACAUUAGAAAUUUAAUAGCAAUUUGCGAUACUAAUGUUGACUAUAACAGCUCAAUUAUUAGCGCGACAAAACAGUGCCCCAUGUUCCAAUUCGACAGAAUGCUAACUUUUAAUAAGUAGAUCAAAAAUGAAUAAAAUUGCAGUACAGGGUGUUUCAAUUCGAGUUGUAUUAUUCUUGUAACGCAUAGGAAAAAGAAAAAUAACUGAAAAUUCGGAGCGAUAUUUUGUAUAGAUGGUAGUAGAUAAUUUUGCAAAUAUGUAUUAACACACAUAAAUUUUAUAAAAAUUAUUUUUCCUAAAACGCACUAAGUUUUACAAUAAAUAUGUAUGCAGCAUAGCAAAACUCAAUCUUCCUAACAGCAAUUCAAUUUUUGAAACUUCGUACACUUAAAACUAUGCAAACGUAACAUCAUGAUUCCUUAUAAAAUACAAAAGUACUGCAAAGCAACAAUACUUUACUUCUAGUGCUUAUUUAAAUAAACAUUUGAAAAAGUGAAUAUACCGCUAGGCACUGUACUGUUAAUUAAAUAUGAGGUACAUAUACCCUGCACAAAUUUAUGAACAAACAACGUUUAAAAUUUGAUAUUUCAAUAACUUAAAAUAACGGUUUAUGUAGAUGGGCAUUAUUUUUGUGAUUAGGUACAAAUGUGCUACUAAAAUUUUCAUAAACUUGAUAUAAUUUAAAAUCGAAUUCAUUUUUUAUAAUUUUCUCCAUUAUUAUUUGUCUAAACAUAUGAUCUUUGUAUAUUUUUGAAAUCAGAAAAAAGAGGGAAAUGUAUAAGAUUUAAAAAAAAAAAAAUUCAAACACCCCCUGUAUAGCUGGGUAAUAACAGUUUAAAGAAAUGUCUAGUAGCACAUUUGAAAUCGCAAAAAAAAUUGCAUAAACCACAUAUCACUAUUUAAAAGGAGGGGUAUCAAAUUCCGAAAUUCACCCUGUAUUUGGCGCCUGUUUGUUUCUCAACUUGUGAAAGAAAAAUUGAUUAAAAUUAGGAACUUGUAUUAUUUAAACUAACUCAAUACUAUUGCUCAAAUACUUUCUUAUAUUUAUGUAUGUAUAAGUCCUAAUAAAAUUAUAAUCUAAUUACA